AUGGCUCGAAUCGUGGUGUCUAACAUUCCCUCCAAUCUCCGAGAAAGAGAGCUCGAUGACAUAUUUUACAAGUUCGGUAGAAUAGAGUCUAUUGAGAUCCGCGGUGCCAGGAUAAACGAGAGUUCUCGGAGGCGCACAGCAUACGCCUACGUCCAAUUCCGGGACUGGCAGGAUGCUGCCGAUGCUGCCAAGUCGCGUAACGGUUAUGAGAUCGAUGGCCAACCCAUCACCGUCGAAGUAGACUCCGACUCUCGUGACGACUCCCGGGGGCCUUAUGCAAAAGGAAAGGGGAAGGGAGGCAGGUACGACGACUACGGUGGUGGAUAUGGCAAGGGCGGCAGUGGAUCUCCAUUGGGGUUCUAUGACUCGAUGGGUAUGUCUGAGAAUUACUACCGUGUGGUCGUAACAAACCUCCCUCGAGGGGCAUCUUGGCAAGAUCUUAAGGAUAGAAUGCGUGAUGCUGGUGAAUGCCGAUUCACUGAAGUCACUCGUGAUGGAGUCGGUGUAGCUGGCUUCGCUGGCCAAUCUGAUGUCGAGCGCGCUGUCCGCACCCUCGAUGAUACCGAGAUGAAGAGUCAUUUUGGUGACACGUCUAUUAUUCGAGUAGAAGAGUUCAAUGAAGAGAAACACGGAGAGACGCUUGGUCAUAUUGGAAAGGGUAAAGGCAAGGGCAAGGGAAAGGGGUAUGGUUGGGGUGGUGGUAAAGGAGGAGGUUGGGGCGGUAAGGGUGCUGGAUACUCUAGUUGGGGUAGUGGCAAGGGAGGCUAUGGCGACUGGGGUGCCAGCUCGCCACCAUCUAGAGGCUCCUACGAUGAUCCCUACAGUGGCGGCCGCUCACCACGUGGACGUGAUUCGAGGCGUAGAUCUCCCAGCUAUGGCGAGUACCAUACUAAGGAAAGCCGCAGUCGCUCUCGUGGUCGGGGCGGCGAGAGAGGCAGUCCACGUUACGAUUAAUAAGUUCUUGUUGAAGCUGUGAGAUCAUUGGGUGGAGUGACACAAAUCGCAGUUGACUUAGACAG